AAAUUAAACGGCGGACGAUUACAAGGAAGGAAAAGUCUAUCCGUAGCCAGCCAGCCAUAAUGUUAUGAAAUCGCAUUGUCAUUACUUUCUUAUAGCCUUAGAAUUUGUGGAUGCCUAUACUUUGUAAAUAAUAAAUAUAUGUAUACUUCAGGGUUUGGACAGCAACCUGCUCAAGGGCAAGGUAUGCGUCCAGAGCUUUUACAGGAAGUCAAACUUUACACCAAUGCAAGAGAAAGAGAAAAAUUUGAUAAUAUGGCUGAUUUGUUUGCCGUUAUAAAUACAUUGCAGAGUUUAGAAAAAGCUUACAUUCGGGAUGCAGUCACUCCGAAAGAGUACAAUUCAGCAUGCAAUAAAUUACUAGUACAAUACAAGGCAGCGUUUAAACAAGUACAAAGCGCUGAUUUCCCAACAGUUGAAGUAUUCACCAAGAAAUACAGACUUGAUUGCCCAGCUGCAUUAGAAAGAAUCAGAGAAGAUAAACCAAUAACUAUCAAAGAUGAUAAAGGCAAUACGAGCAAAUCUAUCGCAGAUAUAGUUUCGCUAUUUAUCACUAUUAUGGACAAUCUGAGGUUACAAAUUCGAGCGAAGGAUGAAAUUCAGCCAGUGCUAUUGGACUUGAAACUAACCAUGGACAGAUUUAGUGUUGUUUCAGAAGACUUUGAAGGAAAAGUGUCAAUUGAGAAAUGGUUAAAAAUAUUCGGCGAAAUGAGAGCUCACGAUGAAUUAAGUGACGAGCAAGCGAGACAAAUGACAUUUGAAAUCGAGCAAGGAUAUAACGCUUUUAAUAGACUGUUACAACAUUCAUAAAUUAAAAAGAAACCCAACGACCAUUUUGCAGUAAAUUAUUACCUAAAAGAUGAUCCGGCUGUAUUGUAAAAAGAAAACCGCCUGAAAAUUUAAAUAGAUUUUUAUAAAUUUGAAAAAAUCUAGUGAAAGAGUUGUUAAUUAUUGAAUGUCAUGAAUGAUGACCUUGGCUUGGCUGCGAUGGUGAAUGACGUAAAAAUUUUAAAUUGAGUGUUGUUUAUAUAAAGAUUAUGAAACAGUAUAAUGAAUUAGCUGUUACUUUGAUGUUUCCUUUUUAUAUGCAUAAUAAACGAUUCCUUAUGGCUUUGGUUUACCUCGACUUUUUGAAUAUCUAAUAUAGUUGUGUUUUCGUAAUUAUGUGUUUCGUUAUUUCCAGCUUUAUAUGUACAUAGGUAUAAAAGAUUAAACUCUGUUUAUCCUUCAUAAAGUUAAUUUUCUAAUUAGCUAAAAAACAUUGGCAUGUCGAAUUUGUAUUGAAGGCUCCUGUUUUGAUUUCAAAUGUCCGAAUGUUUUCAGUAGUUGAGUUCAUCAGGUAAUUUAAAGUUAAUUUUUUUAUUGUGUUUGAAAGUAAAUUUUGUGUUUUUUGUUACACGAAGUAACUUUAAGUCUUUUAAAAACUAUUUUUUUAAGUCAAACAUAUGGAGUAGAAAAUUAUCUGAAUUUUUAGAAUCAUAUGUUUUAAAAAGUGUUCUUUUCAUGGAAACCAGGGUAGUGAAUAUAAAAACCAGGCUACAUGAGCUGGAGAAUCCUCGCAAUAAGCCCUCUUCUCUUUGUAAUGUUUAUCGAGUCAUAUAUGAGAUUAAACUUAGAACUUAUUAAGGGCUACCUACUUUCAUAAUGUUAAAACAAGAUAAAGAUAGAUACUUUUGAUGAAAAAUAAACAGCGAAUGUUUUGAUGACGUGACGAAAAAUAGAGCUCGUGAUUCAUACUGAAGAGGGGUUUAUGUGUGUAUGUGCGUGUGUGUCGCCAGACAUCUGAAGAUGGCAUUCUUUUCACUGUUUAUUUUAUGGAAUUACAUAAUGAAAUUUAUCAGAGGGUUUGUUAAAAUCAUGUUAGUUUUUAUUUAUUUGUUUGUUUGUUUGUUUUUAUUUUGUUUGUAUAAUGAUGCGUUUUCUUUUAUGACAAAAAAUAAACACACAUGUAGAAAGUUCUUUU